AUGGCUCUGCAGGUGCCGGGAUCGAAGUUAUCCCGGUCGGGGCCAGGCCUUCUAAAGCCGACGGCGAGUACGAAACCGCUGCUAACGUUGUCUGACCAUGAUUGCCUCAAAACACCUACCAUGAGUGACAUGUUGAAGACACCCACGAUUUUGGGAUCGCCGACAAAAUCCACUCCGAUCGCAGUUGACGGAACGCCUCGGAUCCAUCAUUUCAAUGGUUUCGCUCCGCAAAACAACCAAGCCUUUUUUGGUGACCAUGAGCCCCUUCUUACAGGUAACAUUGAGAUACAGUCGAUUUCGCAAACGUCAUCUGCAGCUAAUUUAACAAAUGGAGCAGCAUCAACAUCUCAAAAUGGCGAAGUUUGUCAGAAAAACGAGAAGACGACCAUUCAGUUCAAAGGAUCCAUAACUACAAGUUUACCGGUGAAUCUAACUUCGGGUGUGAGUUCACCAGGAUUAUCGGCAUCCAUGUUCCAAUUUUCGCCUAUGGUUGAACAUUUCCUGCAAUCAUUAUCCAAGGGCGGAAGUGGGCUUCCCGAACUAACUGUAGUAGAUGCGAAAACACCCGGUGCCAAUAAUGAAGCUCCUGAUCUUCUCAAGGUUGUACGUAUACCAACGGAGCUGAAGAAGGAGGACAAGGAGUUGGCACAAAUCGAACCGAUUCAACGGAACGGUGUGACCGCUGGAUUGAAGCCGCUACAACCGCCUCCGGUUCCUGUAAAGUUUCAGCAACUCGACGCCACACCUGCUGCUCACAGCGCUACGACACACGUCCCACCGGUUUCUCAGCCGCCACCGUCUUCGUUUGCAGAUAGUCAAUUUAAUGGCGAAACAAAUGGUGAAGAGCAAUAUCCGAGUGACGGGAAAGAUUUUGGUUUUGAACCUAAGGUUGAACCAAUCGACGACUACUCCUACGGAUUUGGCGAUCAAUUGCGAUAUGAUCCUGCGAAUGGAGAGUUCAAUGUUUUUGAGUACCAAUCGACCUCAGGUGACGUCAAAAUGGAGGGAGAUGCUAUGCGGAAGUAUUCUCAACGUAAUAUGAAAAUUCCAAUCCAUGAACGGCCGUACAAAUGUCCGCGAGAUGAUUGUGAUCGACGGUUUUCGCGAAGUGAUGAGUUGACUCGACACAUACGAAUUCAUACAGGGCAGAAGCCAUUCCAGUGUCGGAUUUGCCUUCGAGCGUUCUCAAGAUCUGAUCAUUUGACAACGCAUGUUCGAACUCAUACAGGAGAGAAGCCCUUCUCAUGUGACGUGUGCGGUCGAAAGUUUGCACGAAGUGACGAACGUAAAAGACAUACAAAGGUGCAUGCAAAAUCGAAAUCGCGGCGACCUAGUUUUUCGUCUGGAUUUUGUGGACCGGCCUCGGGUGACUCCAGUCAAAGUUCUGUGUAG